UUGAUAACGAGUUUUGGCAGUUAGGUUAUGUGAGAUGUCAUGUUUGUUUUGUGAUGUUUUUAAGCGCGCUUUUAAUUAAAGUUGUAUAUAUUCUUAUCGUCUACUGUUCGUAGUAACUUGUUGUCGGCACUAGUUUGUUAUUAAUGAGUAGUCCAAAUGAAGCGCACCAGAACCAGUGUCAAGAAAUACGUAGAAAGUAGUGAUAGUGAGGAUGACCGGCCCUUAAAAAAACCAUCUCCUAAUCAAAAAACCCAUACAGCCAAUGGAGGUUCUUCAUCAAGCGAAAGUGAUAUUGAAACUUACUUGCACAGGCCGGAGAAGCUCAAUUUUGAUUCCGAGUUUUUUGCAUCCCAACCUACUAGUGCGUCUGAGUUUGCCAGCAUUGAAAAAAACAUUUUAGCAGGAGUGAAAAGCCUUAGCGACGGUGAAUCAGACAGCAGCAAUGAAGCACCUGAACUGCAAUCAACGCCUCACAAACCUCCUCAACAAGGGGCCGCCAAGCAAAGUUUCAACCAAUUCGAACACUACACUAAACAAAUGGAAGAAGCGAAGAAGCAAGUUGAAAUUUACAAGGCCAAAAAGCAAGCGCAGGAAAAGCAAACGAACAUUUUAAAUCUGCUGGCAGUUGGAGAAGGCAAAUCGCCCCAGGAACCGCAUCUAACCGCGGGGGAUUUUCAUGAUAGUGAUUUUGAGUCGUGCGACUCGGAGAAGGAGGACUGGGAGGAGAUCAAGAAUCUUUCGCAGGCCCCAAAGGCCAAAAACAUUGUGCCGACCAAAGGGUUGCAAAUAGUCGUCGAUAUGCCCGAUGUUGUAAAGAAAAAGAAAGGCAUUGAUCUGGUGGCAGCCAUGAAGAGACGCCUAAAUCGGAUCAGAAAAGAGAAUCAGCUCCUGGUCCACCAAGUGCACUUGCUCUGCUGGAUAGCGCAUGGCAACUAUGUGAAUUCGGUGCUUAAUGAUACUCAAACCCUUGCUCUGGCCCUCUCCCUGCUACCAUCUGAGCAAAGCUACCCGAACGGCCGAACCGAUUUGUCCUACUUGGAGCAGAUCACUGCUUGGUACCACAAGACAUUUGAGAAUAUUGAGAGGGCAACCCCGAAAAACAUCUCGCUAGCAGACAGUCUGCAAAAGCAGAUCAACACAAAGCAGGCCUACAACAAGAAAAUGCUGGCGCUGAUCUUUGUUGCCAUUUUGCGUGCCUUGGGCAUCCAGGCAAGAAUAGUUAUGUCUUUGCAAGUGGAACCUCUUCGCCCCCCUGCCAGUGAUCUGCAUUCCCUCAGCGCAAAAACUUCUGCUAGCAGGGAAAAUGCUGCAAGCAAAGGCGAUUCAUUGGCUAAGCAAGGAACGCCCAAGGCAAAAGUGUCGAUCACCCUCCAGAAACCUACUCCAGUGAAGAGGCCUGCUGCACGCAAAGCGUUGGCGAGUGAAGCGAGCAAACCGGAAUCUCAAGGACCGAAAGCCAAAGGGAAAAGAUCCAGUAAACUUGCUACGGAGUUGGUUGGAAGUUCACCGCGGGCCGCAGAGUCACAGUUGCAAGCGGGGAAAAUUGCAACUAAAAAGCGCACCAAAAGUACAGAAAAUGAAAAACUUGCAACACAAAAGUCCCGACGACGGGCAGCCAGUGCAGGAGGCAAAGUCUCGCAAGGUGCUGAAACAGCGAAAUCACCCAGAUCUGCCAAAAGUGAGGAACAAACAUCUUCACACGAUGCGGCGAAAAAUGAGGAAAACAACAACCAGAAACCAGCGGGUGGCGCCAAGCCAAGGCUGGCUAAGCUGAGAAAACGCAAGUCAGCAACCAGUCCUGAGCCAGCUGUUUCAGCUACGGUGGAACCUUCCGCAAGGGUGCAAAAGUCACGAAAAAAAUCCACCCUCACCGAAAAUCCAGAUGGUCGAGCAUCUGCUGAGCCAAAUCCAAACACAGCCAAGAACCUCAGAUCAAGCAGACGCUCGAAAGUAAUACUACAAAUCGAUGGAUUGUGUGACAGCGAGUCCGAAGCCGAAGCCGCAGAUCAGCGUAAAAAACCCAGCCGUUCUAAGCCCAACUUGAAAAAGUUGAAGGCGCUUAAAGUUGGCAGAACAACUGCAGCUUCUGACUCGGAUAGUGAGUUCGAGCCGUCGUGCUCCUUCAGCAAACGCCUAAGUCAGGCCGCUCCAGAUUUGGCGAAGUUGAAAACUCUACAGAAGCCUUCAAAGUCCAAAGCGUUGGACGUUAAGCAAGAUAUUGUCGGCCUUGUUAAGAGCAGGAUGGCCGAAGAGAAGCAGAUUGCUCGUAGCAGACUGGUAAAACAAGGCAAAUCAGCGGCACCCAGCGACUCGGACAGCGACUGUGCCCCUGAACCGGUCAGGAAAAGACAGCAGGACAGUGGAGACGAUUUCACACCGAAGGCCAAAGUGAAGAGGCGCAUCCCAGCAAAGCCAGAACCAGAGGAAAAGAGCAAAAAGCAGGGCUCUGACGUCUGGGUGGAAGUAUUUCUGGAAUCCGAGGAAAAGUGGAUAACUGUCGAUGUGAUGUCGGGCCAAGUACAUUGUAUCAAGAAUAUAGUGCAAAGAGCUACGCAUCCGGUUGCGUACGUGCUGGCUUGGGACAAUAAUCGUAAGGUAAAGGACGUAACGCAGCGUUACUGCCAAAACUUCAACACAAUCACCAGGAAGUUGCGGAUCAACCAAAAGUGGUGGAAUGAAAGCCUGAAGCCGUUCCAAGGCGUCCUAACAGCAAGAGACCGGGAAGAAGAUGAAGACCUGGCCAGGCAACAGCUGGACCAGCCUCUCCCUAAAGUGAUAUCAGAGUAUAAGGAUCAUCCGCUCUAUGCACUGAGGCGCCACUUGCUGAAGUUCGAGGCGAUUUAUCCCCCCGAGCCGCCCACUUUGGGGUUUGUUCGAGGUGAAGCCGUGUACCCCCGUGCUUGUGUCUACACGUUGCAUUCCAGGGACAUUUGGCUGAAGCAGGCUAAAGUGGUGCGGAUGGGCGAACAACCCUACAAAAUAGUGAAGGCUCGCCCCAAAUGGGACAAGCUUUCCAAUCAAGUGAUUACCGAUCAACUGUUGGAAAUAUUCGGCUCUUGGCAAGUGCAGGACUACGAGCCACCUACUGCCGAGAAUGGGGUGGUGCCCAGAAACGCAUUUGGAAAUGUCGACUUGUUCAAACCGUGCAUGUUGCCCAAAGGUUGUGUCCAUUUAAGGCUCCCCGGGUUGAACAAAAUCGCCAAAAAAAUUAACAUCGACUGUGCUUCCGCUAUAGUGGGAUUCGAUUUUCACAGCGGAUGGAGCCAUCCCUGCUACGAUGGAUUUGUUGUGUGCAAAGAGUACGAAGACCAACUGAUUUGUGCCUGGGAUAACGAUCAGGAAGAAAUGGAGCGUAAAGAGCAAAUGCUACACGACAAACGCGUGUACGGUAAUUGGAAGAAGCUGAUCAGGGGGUUGCUGAUAAGGGAGCGACUGAAAGCAAAGUACGACUUCGGGGCGCCUUCAACGAGUACAAAACAGCCCAAAAAGAAAACGAAAAAAGUAACUUUGUGUACAAAGAAACCUUGACCGGUCGAAGUUGUAAAGUAAGUACCAUUUGUGAGUAUUGGCAGCACACAUUAAAAUCUUCAGUUUAAAUUAAAAUGUACAUUCAGAUCAGAUCAGGGAUCAGAUCACUUUAAUAUUUAGGUAAAAGUUAAUUGGCUGUUUUUUUCUGUUUAGCGCAUUGUUUAUAUUGCGAUUUUUUGCAUGGUCGCGCGUUUAGACUUUAAACUCAAUUGAUCGGAUUUGUCUUCCGUCAGGGAUUAAAUUAAAGUAAAGUCAAUGAUACGAGUAUUGAUCAAUGUUUAUUCAAUGCAUUCAACUGAGACAGUAAGAAAUAUAAAUAUAAAAUA